AUGUCAACAGACUCUAAUUUGGAGAAUUCUUUAUUGGUAGACUACACGCGAGUGCCACAACUUACAGAUUUGGAGUCUUCUGUGCUAACCGAGUAUCAAAAUAUCAACACAAAUCUUGUCAAGGUAAACCAGCUACUAAAAUCAUUCACCAACAAAAAUGACGCAAAUAAUCAUAGCAUACGACUAAUAAGGAACCUAAGGGAGUUGGAAACCAAGAUACCGCUUAUUUAUACCUUUUUCAAAGGUGCUGUGUACAGUUUGUAUGCCGAGGAGGAUGAAGGUAUUGUUGAUGACGAAUUGAAAUCAGGUGGUGAUGAUGGUGAUAAUGAAGAAGGGAAUGAACGGGAAAAUGAAAAUGACUCUGAUGAUAUUGAUGAGAAAGGUACGCACGAACUACUGAGUAUUUCAGAUGCAGAAGGGUUGGAACCAGAAUAG